UAUUGAAGAGAAGAACCAAAAACGACGGUUAUUUUCUCAAACAGAUUCAGCUGCGCGCAUUUAUCAACACACAUCGUUUCAGCUGUCCAUGAAACACUUCGUUGGCAUUAAUAAACGUGAAACACUAAUUCUACGAUGGGUAUCACCGGAAGUAAAGUGGCUCAAGAGGAUAAAGAAGAUGUAACGGCUGGUAGUGUGCCCACAACGCCGAUUUUAACCCCGAAAGUCAAAAAAACCGUUGAGGAACUUGUUGAUCCGCGGUCACCGAGCUGCAGCAUCCUUCGUACACCAAUUACUUCUGCAAGUCCACUUACACCAGAAGCAAACACAUGUGACACAUUCAACAUAAAUUCUCCAGUGUUAAUCAAAAACCUAGAGGAUCCAAGAUCUCCAACAUGUGCUUUCACAAGAACACCCAUCACUGCUGUAGAUGAUACAAUAGACUUGCUUAAAAGAGUACAAAUAAGAAACUUGCAAAACAUCAAAAAAGUCAUCAGUGAUAUGCCAAGUCAAAUUCCACCAAAACUACUUGAAAGUAGCCCAAUUCACAGAAAACCCGAUGAAAACAGGCGAAAAUCAUUUGUUGGAUUGCUUGAGACCAACCUGGACUAUGUAGAGACUGAUUUAGAUGCUGUUAUUAUGAGUAAAUCAUCUCCAAGUCAAAAUCAAAUCAAAAGUGUUUCUCCCAGUAAAGCUGAACUUAAAGCGAAAUUUCUGGAGAGUGUUGAACCAGAAAUUGAACCAAUUACAUCUACACCAGUACAGAAUGAUAAAUCAGAUGAUGACAACGUUCUAGACACAAUAAAAACCGAUAUUGUGGAUGAUGAUGGAUUAAUUACACAAAAAGAUACAAUUUCCACAGUUCAGGAAGCAGCAGCACCUGAAAUAAUCAAUGCAACACCUAAAAAGAUACAAAUUGAAGUGGAAUCUGAACCUAUCACUGCAACAGUACAAGAAUUUGAAAAGAAAGUCAAUCAUCUGAUUUACACUGAAGAGGAACACAUCAUAAGUACACCUCCUGUCAAUAAACAUGCUGCAUUACAGGCAAAGACGGCUUCCAACCGAACACCUCUAGGUACCAGAAACGGUAACAACGCAACAAAUGACGCCAAGGUAUUUGCCAAAAACAAGCCGAAACUUCGCGUUAGUGAUAAACCGCGUCGCGCGGAUUAUGCAGUAAGUAAAAUCCCCGUUUUUAGUAGUAAGAAUAAAGCAGAGUGUGAAAAUACUCCGCCGCGGAAUAUGCUUGAUGCGCGUAAAACACGACGCGCUCAAUGGGAUAGCGAUAAUACUCUAAUUAUUUAAAUUUAUAUUGACUUUCACAUGUUUUGUGUGCGUUUUUUCCUUCUAAUAUUACUAGUUAAUUGUAAUUUAUUGUUUAGUGCUUAAUACGCGGGACUUGACUAGAAUAUUUGUUAAUAAUUCUGUAAUAAAUUUUAAUGACAAGGAAAUGUUCUUGGAAGACAUUUAAUUUAAA